UUGAAGAUGUCUCAGUUGAAAACCGCGGUCAUUAUUGACAAUGGGUCAGGACUCUGCAAAGCGGGUUUCUCUGGGGAGGAGGCCCCUAGGACCAUGGUGGCAACAGUUGUCGGCUACCCAAAGACUCGGGCGAUCAUGUUUGGCCCUGUUCAGAGAACGUGUUAUGUCGGCAAAGAAGCCCAAGCCAAGAGAGGAAUCUUAUCUUUUAAAUACCCAGUGGAGCAUGGGAUAGUGACUUCUUGGGAUGACAUGGAGAAGAUCUGGAGAUACAUCUACAGGCAUGGACUCAAACUAAGAGCCAAGGAGAGGCCGGUGUUGUUGACCGAAGCACCUAUGAACCCAACGGCAAACCGAGAGAAGAUGACGGAGAUCAUGUUUGAGCAUUUCCAGGUUCCGGCUAUGUUUGUAGGCCUUCAGGCUUUGAUGGCCUUGUACGCCGCUGGCCGCACCACGGGGUUGGUUUUAGAUAGCGGCGCCGGCGUCACGUUGACCGUACCCAUCUACAAAGGCCACUGCUUGCUCCAUGCCAUCUCCAGGAUGAAUUUUGCGGGGCGGGAUAUCACCAGGUAUCUCUCCACUCUCCUGCUGGAGAGCGGGCACAACUUCCUGAGCUCCGCUGAGAAGGAGAUUGUGAAGAACAUCAAGGAGAACUUGUGCUACGUGGCUCUGGAUUCAAGUCGCCCAAAAGACAGAGCGUCCGUCCGCAGAUACACCCUCCCUGACGGCACGCCUGUGGAGAUCGGGGACCAGCUCUUCCGUGCUCCUGAAUCCCUCUUCAACCCAACGGAUGCUGGAGUUACGGCGCCGGGUAUUCACCAAAUGAUCUCCGAGAGCAUCUCCAAAUGUGAAGGAAGCAUCCACCAGGACCUCUGGAGAAGCCUUAUCGUAGCGGGAGGAUCCACCCUCUUUCCAGGUCUCAGCGAACGUCUUCUCAAAGAGCUAAGAAGCCUAGGCCCUCACGGCCUGCCGGCCAAGCUGGAAGCCCCAGCAAACCGAAUACAUUCCGUGUGGAUUGGCGCGUCGGUGCUCACCAGCUUGCCUUCGUUUAAGAACAUGUGGGUCACGCAGCAAGAAUACAGAGAGGUUGGCUCCACGGUGCUGCAGAAGAAAUGCUUCUGA